AUGACCCGGCCAAAGACUUCCGAUGUGGUGGAGGUCUAUCCCGGGUCUUGCCUCCUGGCGGCUAAGGCUUCCAUCGACAGCGCAGGACUUUUUGCUGCUCAAGGUGAUGCUAGUGGGGCACGGUCCCCAUCAGUGCUGCAACAGAUCCCAGAGGAAGACAAUGGCAUGUCCUUGCUGGCUUUCUCUGAGGUUUCUCCCUUGGCACUGGCGACGUAUUGCGAUGCUUUGGCCAACUGCCAGGCGGUGUUGAUAACAGUGCAGCCGUCCCUGGGUGCUCUGCUGCUCUGUCCACUUCUGCGCGAAGCCGUCGCUGCGUUGCUAGGUUGUGGCUGCACUAUCCGAUUUCUAGGUGAGACCGUCCCAGCUCUGCUGUGA